AUGCCAACCCCUGGAGUGCGUCCUUCAUCGAUGAUCAGCCACCUGCAUCAGAUAAAUCCAAUGUCUACAAUGUAUUGCCUCAUCCUGGCAGUCUUAACUCUUGUAAACCUCUCACCCACCACAUUUGCCACUAACGGCCUGGUCCUUCGUAACCCGCACUUUCUUGGUGCCAAUGGCUUCAACCCAUACGUUGGUAUGACCUCGUUCUUUUCAAAGCCAAAUGCACACACUGUGUCCAAAGUUACCUUCAUAAGACCAGGUGAUUUCAAACCGCAAGGCCAAGGCAAAACAUUUAUUGUUCUUGACAAUGAUGGGGUACUAAUCAAGGGCAAAGAAGAUUUUGACAAAGCCCGUCUACUACUCACAGCUUUGGCUGCAAACCAAAACAACGAAGUUUGGGUAAACACUGCAAGAGGUCUGAAGGGCCUAGAGCCAUACAUGGAUAUUCCUCACCUGAACAUAGCGGCAGAGCAUGGAACAGUACUGCGCAUCUCACCACCUGGUCAGGGAAAAAUUGAGUUGAGAGCUCUGCACCCUUCAGUACCAGACCUUCGAAAAGAAAUGCUAGGUCUAGUUCCGAAAUAUAAAGACCAAUAUGGGAUGAAAGUGUUCCCUGCAGAAAACCUUGCAGCAUAUAUGUACAAGGAUGAACACAAGAGUACCUUUGAAAACAUUGUGGUUUCUGAAGUAAGAGAAAUCCUAACAAGAUACCCUGACUACAUGCUCAGACUAGAGCCUCCUGGAGCCUAUGGGGAAGUCAAACACAAAGAAGCCAAUAAAGGAACUCUUGUAGCCCACUUGCUGCAAGCCAAUACAUACACAGAUGGAAUUGCAAUAGGUGAUCAGGAAACUGAUGAGGGCAUGUUUCGAGCAAUGGUUUGGGCAAAUGAUGCUGGGCUUGGAUUCUUCCACACUGUGAUUGUCAAGGAUAAGAUUCUCAAAGACAACCCACACACCCACACCUCUGCACAGUACAGAUUGAAAACUGUCCAGGAUGUUCACAAUCUUCUCAAGAGUUUCUUAUAA